CAACACGAUAAGAGCACUCCCCCCAUAUAUGCUACUUCCACACUGAUCUCCCGCCCUUUCAUUGGCGACAGAGACGGAAAUGCGGCUGGCGAUAGCAAAAAAGCGGAGUGUGGCAUAACAAAAAACGGAGCUUAGCGCUCUUCUCCCUCAGGCGCGCUGUCUUUCAUUUUGCGGUUUUCUUGGCGUCAGCAACUGUCAAUCAGGGUCUCAAACCUCAGCAUUCGUUCGUUCGCUCACUCACUCUGCUGAAAUUCACAUCUCUUGCCUCCAGACAAAAACCCUAGUCUCUCUCUCUCUCUCUCUCGGAGUUCUCACAGUCGCUGUCCUCACUCCCUCACAUGGACCUCUGUACGCUUCCUCGAUGAUCCUGAGGCUGUGACGGCCGGCGGGAACCUCCGUGAGCUGUUGACUGCGCUUCGUCGGCGAAGAUCCCGGUGAUCGAGCUCGAGUAAUAACGCGGCGAGCUGUUCCGUUGAGUCUCGGUGGUUAUUGCUUUCCGGUGGAGGGAAUUCGUGGGUGGAAGUUAGCUGGGAGGUGAGGGUUUUAGGCGAGAUCAGGGCGAUGGUGAUGGCGGAGAACGAGAAUGGGGACGAUCAGAAGGAGCUCGGCGGGCCGAAGUCGCCUUGGAAGACUCCGGUUGCUGACACUAGCAGCGCUGAUGCUCAGGUGAUGGGGGCGGAGUCGUGGCCGGCCCUUGGGGACGCGCCUCCGCGGCCAAAUAGUACGGAUUCUGCUUCCAAGCCUCCGACUUCGGCAGCUCCCGAGGUGCCCUCUCCUCCUAAUCCUCAGGGAGCGGCUGCUCAGCGAAAGUCACAAGGAUCUGGGAACCCAACUCAGCAUAAGCAUUCAUCAGUGCGUCAUCAAAAGUCGGGCUCGAAGCGUAACCCAAAUGGGCCACCUCCUUUUGCCAUGUUACCUUACCAACCAGGACCUAUGUUUCCUCCUAUGGUCGGUCCACCACACGUAGCUGUUCCCGGAUAUGCUUACCCGCCCUUCCCUGGACCUUUUCACGCUGUGGAAGCACCUCCUAUGAAGUCUGGAGCUGAGACGCCUGCUCAACCAUUUGUUCCCCCUGCUCACGGUGUUGAUCCCAGCAGAAAUGUUCAACCCCCACCACAGGGUGGGGACCCUAAUGCUUAUCCUUCCAAAUUUUCAAAUAUAAGACCUAGUAUGCAACAACCGGCUGGCCCUUUAAAUCAUCAAUGGAACCAUCAGCGAGCAUAUGGGCUGGGAGAGAAUCUUCCCAUGCCACCGGUUGUCGGACCGAGGGCCUUUGUACGUGCUCCAUUCUAUGGUCCGGCUCCAGGGUUCAUGGUGGGCCCAAGCUUUCCUGGACCUGGUUCCGUAUACUAUGUUCCUGUUGCUCAUCCAAGUUCAAUUAGAGGACCACACCCUCCUCAGUUUGUUCGACCUCCAGUAAAUCCUGGGGCUCCAACGCUUCCCCCUGAGACGCAGGCUUUGAAGUCUAACAUAAUCAAACAAAUCGAGUAUUACUUCAGUGAUGAGAAUUUGCAGACUGACCAUUAUCUAAUUGCGUUGAUGGAAGAUGAAGGAUGGGUUCCAAUAUCUCACAUUGCUGAGUUCAAACGUGUGAAGAGAAUGUGCACAGACAUACAAUUUAUAUUAUAUUCCCUACAGAGUUCCAGUAGUGUGGAAGUAAAGGGUGACAAGAUACGAAGACGUGAUGACUGGUCAAAGUGGCUGCCAUCUUCAAGUGCAAAUUCAUCAUUGACACAGGCUGAGACUCCUAAAGAACAGACUGCUGAGAAUCUUGCCCAGCCACAUUCGGAGGGGAUUGAUGUCAGGGAAGAUAAUGUAAGGAGUGUCCCUAAAGAAGGUGGGGUGCAUUCCUCUGGAGACAGACAUGACAAUCAUAUUAAAAGUGGAGAGGGUACUUCUGAAUCGGCUGCUAAAACUUCACAGCCUUCGUCUAGGCAUAAGUCUGUCCGCUUAAUCUACUCAAAAACAACUCAUUCAGCAAGAAUGAAUGAUGACCAUGUGACAGAGAGUGAGGAGGUUGCAGGAAAUGCAUCCAUUCAUGAUGUCAAUGAUUUGUCUGAUGAUUUUGCUAGCACUUUUAUGCUGGAUGAAGAACUGGAGCUUGAGCAGAAGGCACUUAAGAAGAAUGGCCCAUCAAAAAGGAUUGAUGAUGAAGAUGAUGAAAUGGCGGUGUAUGAUCACGAUGUUCAGAGGCUUGUAAUUGUGACCCAGAACGCAAAAGCAGGAAAGGGACCUGACAGUGGUGGAAAGGUGUCAAAAGGCAUUUCAAAGGAGCUUGCUUCUGCAAUAGAUGAGGGCCUCUACUUCUAUGAGCAGGAACUGAAAAAUAAACGAUCUAAUCAUCGAAAGAAUAAUUCCAGUUUGGAGAAUGGUAGCACCAACUCAAGAUCUUCGAGCCUUGGCCCAGGAGUUUCAAAUUUACACACUGGUGAACAAUCUGCUGGGAGCAGUAGCCAUGGAGAAUCUGGAGUUGCUAUUUCACGGAAGAAGCAAAAUAAAGGCUUUUCUAAACAACAUUUAUCCCAUAAACAGCGUUUUUUCUCCAGCAACUUUAGGAAUCAUGGAACUGCUCGGAACUCUCUUGGAAUAAUAUCAGAGAGUCCACCAAGCAAUUCAAUUGGCUUCUUCUUUGGGUCCACGCCUCCAGAUAAUCCUGGGCCUAGAUCUUCGAAAUUGAGUGUAUCACCACAUGGAAUUCUAUCCGGGAGCAGUCCACCUGUUGGUUCGAUGCCAAAGUCAUUUCCACCAUUUCAGCACCCAAGCCAUCAGCUUUUAGAGGAAAAUGGUUUCAAACAGCAGAAGUACAUGAAGUUCCAGAAGCGGUGCCUCAAUGACAGAAAGAAGCUGGGAAUUGGCUGCAGUGAGGAAAUGAAUACACUCUACAGAUUUUGGUCGUACUUUCUGAGAGACAUCUUUGUGCCUUCCAUGUAUAAUGAAUUCCGGAAACUUGCACUUGAAGAUGCUGCUGCAAAUUACAAUUAUGGAAUAGAGUGCCUCUUCAGGUUCUAUAGCUAUGGUUUGGAGAAGGAAUUUAGGGAGGGCCUCUACAAGGACUUCGAGCAGCUCACUCUUGAUUUCUACUAUAAAGGAAAUCUUUAUGGCCUCGAAAAAUACUGGUAUCGCAAUUCUAUUGGUCUGAUUUACCAUUGCAACUUUAGAAGGGCAUUUCAUCAUUAUCGGGGACAGCACAGUCAGAAGGAUCCUGUUACGAAACGCCCAGAACUGGAGAAGUUGCUCAGAGAAGAGUACAGAAGCUUGGAAGAUUUCCAGGCGAAAGAGAGGAAUAGUAAUACCGUGAAAGAGGGCAACUAGCUGGCGGAUGAUACGAGUAUAAUACCCAAUUUUGUGGAAGCACCAUUUUGAUGGCUUAACACAGAAGAUGAUGUUAAAGGGCUCAAGAGAGGGAGGAGGAUGAUUCCUCCCAUGUACAUUUUCCUUUUUGUUGAGAAGGGGCAACAGCCAACAUGUACUACUAUUUGCCGAAAGAAGAGCUGCUACUGCUGUUGACAACCCGAGUUUUCGACCAGCCAUAAAAGUGCUCGUUUGGCUUUUGGCUCUCGAAGAGGUGCGUUUGUGUGCCUUGCUUUUACGGUUUCUUCUUUUCGGCCCCCGGAAUUGUAACUUGUACAAAGGUAGAAACACGAUAACCUUGAAAGAAAAUUUUAAAAAAGAAAAAGAGACAGAAAAAUAAAGUAGUGGGGACAUGAAUGGGUCAUUGAUAAAUCGAACAAUAAGGGAUUGAAUGGACUUCUUUUUGUCUGUACUGUCUUGGCUCAUUCUUUCCUUUCCUGCGUGUGAUUUUGAUUGGGUUUUGUCCUGAAUGGUUAUUUUCUUUGUUUA